GAUGUGAAUUGAGAGUGCCCUCCCUUUGAAAAACAUGUUUCCGGUUUGAAAUUGAAGACGUUUGCCUUUGUUUUGAUAUGAACGUUAUAUCUUAUUGAGAUUCGGAUGAAUAGACUUGGGUGAAAGAUAUCUUGAUAAGAGUGCCUUUCCUGUAGGAAUGUUGUCAAGGUAGUUCCGAUGAAACUGUUGGUCAAACUUGACCAACAAAAAUGACAGGUGGGGAGAGGACAAGUGUUACGAGGAGUGACGGCAACGUCGUCCGCAUGCUACAACGUCGGCAGCUCGGGGGAAGAUGUAAUGUCUACAGGAAGGAUCUGAAAAUCUUGCGGAGUAUAAUUCUCAGGGGUAAAACAGAAUACCGCAAGGUAUGGGAGAAACAGUCCAAGUCUCAUAUUUCCUGCGAAGGGAGUCGAGUCUACUUUGAUAACUACAAGUCAUGCCAUGCAGGUAUUGGAAAGGCUGGGGUUCCACGGCAGCUGUACCGGCUCCAAGACUGUCCCAACUCAUCCAAAAUAGAAGAUGCCUUAAUCUGUAAUAUCGCACCAGAAGUUAUUCCUCUACCUCACAGUGGUCACAAAGGCAGCAUUGUAACGAUCACCUCAAACCGCUGGCUCCAGCGCCAUGAUCUACGCACAGGAGCAAUUCUAGAGGCGGUCUACCUCUCACCUAACAAAAAAUUCAGGGAGCUUGGAUGGAUCAGUGAGCAGGAGAGAUUCUACAUCAGAUCAACCCACACUACAGCUCUAGCUGUUCACAGACAGGCUGGCAUUCCGGUAUGCAUCGUCAUGGUACUGGCUGUGUUCAACAUUUUCCCUCUUGAGUUUGUGGGCAUGCUGGAAAUUGACAAAAGGGUAUUCGGCAGUGACGUCACGGACGCCAUGUUGUCCCAGGAUCUACUCAUUGUGAUGCAUCAGUCCGGGCAUGUGCGGCUCUAUAACUUCAACCACAUCUUGGAGCAGUAUAGAAGCUACAAAGUGGACCUGAGAGAGAAGAUCCCCGGGUCAGAUGCAGUAUGUGGGCAGUACCCAUCUGGAGUCCCCUUCAAUAUCCAAAUAACAGAAAGCCUGACGCCAUUGUUUGAGACGCGCUGCUCGGAGCACAACGUCCAGAUUGGUGGGUUUCCGUGGCACUACAUCAUCAUCCCCCAUGGGUGUUACGGCUGGUUCCAGGUGCACUCUUUAGAGACGGACAAAAUGGCAAAAAAUGGAGAAGUGAAUGUGAACAGUUAUGGUAUUGAGCUGGACAAGGCUGUGUUCCAUGGGGACGAGUCAGGGCGGGUGCUGCACAUCUCGGAAGACACUGUCAGAGUGCUGCAGUUGUCCUGCCAGGAUUCCGGCUGUGAGACGGUUGUACGUGAGGUGUUUUCUAUACACCCAAACGGGAACACUCACAAGAAGGAAACUACACAGAGAACAGUGACAUCAUCAGGCCGAAGUAUUAAGAAGAGGGUGAUCCUGGACGAAGUGUCAGAGUGCUCUCCCUUGACAAUCCAUGAUGUUGACUAUGAAAACGAACUGGAUGUCCUUGUUGUCAGUGCCAUUUCCCACAAUCCUGAGGGUCCUGUUGGACAUGUUGGUUACUAUGACAACCUGACAGGAGAGCUUCUGCGAGAAUUCAGUUUGGAGGAGCCAGCUAAGGAGUACUACGAGCACAGGAUCUUUGUGGAUGCGGACACCAUCGUGCAGAGGGUGAAGGUCACUCCGGGCAAGUUCAUCUGCAUUGUCUACAAGCUAUUCGGGGUGGCUGAUGAUGACAAGGAGAAAACAUCAAAGAGGCAACAGAAGGAUGUUGCCAUUAGUUCGAGAUCCAGCCGGAGAACACGACAGUCACGGAGUGCAAGAUACAACUUGUGAAGCCGAGACGAAGAUCAGUACUGCAGUAUUUGAAGACUGGUUAGGACUGGGGGCGGUCGGGUAGCCUAAUGGUUAAAGCGUUCGCUCGUCACCCCGAAGACCCGGGUUCGAUUCCCGACAUGGGUACAAUGUGUGAAGCCCAUUUCUGCUGUCCCCCGCCGUGAUAUUGCUGGAAUAUUGCUAAAAGCGGCGUAAAAACCAUACUCACUCACUGGUUAUGACUGAGGUUAUGGAAAAAAACUAACAUCUUCACUUAUUUUCUGAGCGUGAAGAUGUGAUUGUUGUCAAUGCUAAAGCUGCACCAAGCAUGCCUGAAUUCUGGUCAAACGAACCAGUGGAUGAUUGUAUGAACAACCAUCCAUUAACCACCCAAUCCUAACCAGGAAGUUCUUUCAAGAACUGUGGCAUGAUGGGGGCCUGCCUCGGAAUCCUCAAGGGAUGUUUUUUUGUUGUUAACUUGAACCAAGCUGACUAUGCACAUAACAGCGCCACAUCUCAGUCCGGACUUAUGCACAUCAACACAUUUGGGACGACUCACUCCUUAUUUCAGAAAAAAACAUCCAUGUACAUAAUUUUGUAUGGUAAAGACAUAUUUUCAAA